CGGCGCGGCGGGGCACGGCGGGGCUGAGCGGCGGCGCGGAGCAUGGCAGCGGCGGCGCGGUCGCUGCUGGCGGCGGGGCGGGCGCGGGCGGGCGGGCGGCGGUGCCGCCGGGCCCUGCCUGCCGCGGGGGCCGCCCCGUACUGCACGGUGGCCCCGCAGGAGCGGCGGCAGCAGCAGCCGCCGCCAGACAUGAAGAGCUACUUGUGGUCGCGCUACAAGGAGGCCAAGAGAGUCACCAAGGAGUUGGUUCCCUCACUGAUGAGUAACAUGCUGAAUCCGGAUGCUAUUUUUUCAAACAAUGAAAUGAGCCUGUCAGAUAUUGAGAUUUAUGGUUUUGAUUACGACUACACGUUGGUCUUUUAUUCUAAACAUCUGCACACACUGAUCUUCAAUGCUGCUCGAGAUCUUCUUAUUAAUGAGCAUCGGUAUCCUGCAGAAAUAAGAAAAUAUGAUUAUGAUCCCAAUUUUGCAAUUAGAGGACUUCAUUAUGAUGUGCACCGGGCGUUAUUAAUGAAGAUUGAUGCUUUUCAUUAUAUUCAGCUGGGAACAGUUUACAGAGGCCUCAGCGUUGUCCCAGAUGAAGAAGUCAUUGCAAUGUAUGAUGGUUCCCAUGUCCCUUUAGAACAAAUGAGUGACUUUUAUGGAAAGAGCUCACAAGGAAAUACAAUGAAGCAAUUCAUGGAUAUAUUUUCCUUGCCAGAAAUGACACUCCUUUCUUGUGUGAAUGAAUAUUUUCUGAAAAACAAUAUCGACUAUGAGCCUGUUCAUCUCUACAAAGAUGUCAAGGAUUCAAUCAGGGAUGUCCACAUCAAAGGAAUAAUGUACAGAGCAAUUGAAGCAGACAUUGAGAAAUACAUCUGCUACGCUGAACAAACACGUGCAGUAUUAGCAAAGCUGGCUGACCAUGGCAAGAAGAUGUUUCUCAUCACAAACAGUCCCAGCAGCUUCGUGGACAAAGGCAUGAAGUUCAUAGUUGGCAAGGACUGGAGGGAUCUCUUUGAUGUGGUCAUUGUACAGGCUGAUAAGCCGAACUUUUUCAAUGAUAAGCGAAGACCGUUUCGGAAGGUGAAUGAAAGGGGAGUGUUGCUUUGGGACAAAAUUCACAAGCUGCAGAAAGGUCAGAUUUACAAACAGGGUAACUUAUAUGAAUUUUUGAAGCUUACUGGCUGGAGGGGCUCUAAGGUUCUCUACUUUGGUGAUCACAUCUACAGUGACUUGGCAGAUUUGACCCUGAAGCAUGGCUGGCGCACUGGUGCAAUAAUUCCAGAGUUACGGUCAGAGAUUAAGAUCAUGAACACAGAGAAGUACAUUCAAACCAUGACCUGGCUGCAAACCUUGACAGGAUUACUGGAACAUAUGCAGGUUCACCGUGAUCCUGAUUCACAAAUGAUUUUAGAAGAAUGGAAGAAGGAAAGAAAGGAAAUGAGGGAGAUGAACAGAAAUUUCUUCAAUGCACAGUUUGGAAGCUUAUUCAGAACUGAUGAGAAUCCAACUUAUUUCCUAAGACGUCUCUCUAGAUUUGCAGAUAUCUACAUGGCAUCAUUGAGUUGUCUCUUGAACUAUGAUCCCGAUUACACGUUUUAUCCAAGAAGGACUCCUUUGCAGCAUGAACUUCCUGGCUGGUCAGACCAGCUGUGCACUGGUACAUUCAGAAUACCUUUCCUACAAGAGACAGUUCAGAUGAAAUAAGCAGUUGGCUUGUUCUCUCUAAAAUGGGCAAAUAUAGACAUACUUUUUUAUGUACAUUUAUUUAAGUCACUUAAAAUCUGUUAUCUUGAUUUAGGUGUAAUUCAUGCUUGUUCUUGUAACCAUGUACCUGUUUUCUCCUCUGCUGCUCAGAGAUGUGAAAGCUCCUCUUAAAUAUACAGAAGAGGUGAAGGACUACCAAAAUAGUACAGGGCUGGGAUGGAGGUGAGCCAAUUUGAGAGGAAGGGCUGGUGGUGUUGUGGGGAUGGUUGGUUUUGUUUGUUCUUUGGAAAUUUCAAUCUGCAGCCUUGUGAUUUGCAAAGAGAUGCUUAUGCUCUCUGUUCUGGCCCUGUUCAGCACUCCAGUUGGAGCCUUAAUGGAUCUUGGCACUGAAAAGCUUAUUCCAGUAUUAGUAUUUCAGCGAUACAGUUAGUAUCCAGCUUACAGUGAGACUGACAGGGAUAGCAGGUGCAUUUGAACUUCCCGUGCUGCUGUAGCUAGAGCCUUUCCUGUGACUGAACUCACUGCUGCAACCCUGGUUUGUCUCUGCUGCUGCAGCGAUGGCUUCACCAGGGGGCUCAGGCUGGUGGGCUGCUUCUCCUGUCUGGGCAGUUUCUGUCCUGGUCUUACAUCUGUGCUUUGCUGUAGGUGCGUUUGAGCCUAAAACUGAAAGUGGUGGUAACUUGGGCUGCUUCAGCUUCUUUUUGUUAACUUUGAGGCACCUUUCUUUUUAAGUCUCAAACCACUUUAAAUAGUCACUCUUUGAUAAUAAAGCUAUUUCAAGAGCUCUUGCAUUUUGCAUGUCAAAGUGGAGACAGAUCUGUGCCAGGCUCUAGAUUGAUCCUAAAUGCUGCUUUUAAGAAUACGUGUCUUACAGUGGUAUGCAAUGUGGUUUUGCUGUUCCCUAGGAGAGAAUGUAUUUCAUAUAGCCUUCAAUAAUGGACUUUUACAUUCAAAGUGAACACGCACAAUGGGUGUUGAAGUUGAAAGAAAAAUUAAUAAAUGAGAGAAGGAAAACCAGAGUUUUCUAAUGAAAUUUUUUUUAGUUUGAGCCCUGAAAGCUGAAUUGGGGGUGAUGGACAGUUUGUAUCAAACAAAAUAAUUUUGGUUGUGCAGAUGAGAAGUUUUAUUGAAUUACUGAAAUUGCCAGUAACACAUGAACACAAACUCUGGGUACCAAUAUGUUCCAAAGAUUUGAGCUGAAAAAUGUCUAUUUUGCACAAGAAAAACAUCUUUUUAUGUUUUUCCUCAAGCAGGCACUUUAUAGAACUACUAUAUAGUUUUAAAGUAAGGAUGCUUCCCUUUCUCUGCAUCCAAAGAAAAUGUUUUUUUAACUGAUGGUUCCCACCCCAGCCAUUUUAAAAGGCAUAAUUUUAAUAUUUUUCAAAGCUUAGUUGUUAAAGGCUCUGUUUUUAAAAGCACAAAAUUAACAAAAUAUUUAGCAUUUGGUAUUCUUAAUUUUGGAACAUUGCUUGCUUCCUACCAUGAUUGUUGGGUGAACGAACUUUUGGUGACCAAAAGUUUUCUUGUUUUGUUCUUUUUUUUUCUCUUAACCUGUCUGUGUUAUGUACAAGUACAUAUAUUGAAUGUCACUGCAGUAUCUUUCAUAUUUCUAAAAGUGUGUUUGCAAAGUAAAGAAUGUAUUCUAAUCCAGCCUGCACAAUUUCCUAAGUGGUUUUCCUGUAUGCUUGAAAUCAGUCUGAAGUCCUCAGAGAUGGUUAUAGAUUUUAUGUUCAUGGUUUUCUUGUGCUCUUGUGUCAAACUUGACGAGCAACACUCCUGAAGAGUGAGUGUGUGUGAGUGUUUAAACAGAUUAAUUACACUUGAAAUGAGUAAGUUCAUCUGACAGCCCUUCUGUUUUGCUGGAAGAAACUGAUAAAGUUUUGCAGAAGUCAGUUUGGCUUUAUCAGGAGACUGGUGUGUGGGUCUGUGUGAGAAAUAUUUAGCAUAACUUGAUAAUGAAAUGUGGGGAUGGGAAUAUGCCCACUUUGCCUUCAGUUCUUUAUCCUAAUGCUGAGCUAGAACCGAACUUGGUGUUACAUGUGUGUAGCAUCUCUCGUGCUCCAGAGAUUUCAGUGCACUGUUUUAAAAACCAAAACACAAUCCCAACCCACUGUAUGUUCUCCAUCUUCCUACCAGCAGAUAAUAGUAUUCUGUUAUUCAGUUCUGCAUUAUUGAAUGUGUUAAUGUGUUGUUCGUUAUAACUGUGAUGUUUCUUUUAAAGCUGGCUAGCAGUCAGUUUGUUUAAUUUUCCUGUGUUAAGCAGGAACAGUUUAAUUGGGUUGGAUGAUGUUACCCACAGAAUAUAGGCUUUGUUUCAAAUUAUUUCCUUCUCUCCGUUUCCUUUCUCUUACAAAUCAAACUUCUGUACAAAGCUAUGUUAUAACAGCCAGCUGAAGUAAAAUCUUGUUUAUAUUGCAUGACUUCUUGAAAUAAACAACAUUGCAUGAAAAAAAUAAUGAUGGGAGGGUUAUGUUCCUUUAAAACAACCCAACUAGAUAUCAUAUGAAUUUAAAUGAGAAUUUUUAAAGUGUAUUAUUUAUUUUUCAGUGCUAGAAUGCUAUUCUAUAACUUCUGAAAAUGACUUGCAUUUUUGUAAUUAUUUCACCUUGCUGCUGUGUGUAUUACUUAUUUUAACCUUGUUAUGUUACUAACUUCAAAGAGAUUUUUGAGCAUAUUUAAAGGGCAGUGUCUCUUUAUAUUCAUUUUGAGAGUAUAGUUAAUUUGAACACCAAAGCAACAAAUUUUCAUUCUGUUAUGUCAAAAGACAUGGAAGAGAAUAGUCUGUCACUGAAAGAAGAGUUUAAUGAACUGUGGAACUUUUUUUUGUGAUAAAAAAUAUUUAAUGAUUAUUACAAAAAUAAAUGCUUGGACUUUU